AUGUCCCUCAGCUUCCAGGAUCAGUAUACCACAACUUUCGCAGGUAUCUACAAAGGUUUCCACUUUUUAGCUCGUGGUGCACGCUAUCGAGUAGACGUCAUCGAGGAUCCCAAUCGAGUAGUGGUCUCCGUCGACGCUAUCAACUCUGAGCUCCGUGGCGAGUUGCGUAAACUCAACUGGUUGGGCGUCACUCAUCUCUACUUCACCUUUGAUCCCGACCGCAACGUGGUGAUGCUUGAGAGACACGGUUUGAUCGCUCACAUGCACAUCAGCCUCGGCUGUGCUGCCGCAAUCGAGACGCCUCCGAAGGAGCCAAGUGUUGAUCAGGAAGAUGCCCUGGGAGGGGACAAAGAGGUCGAUGAUUUCCUCUUCGAGCUCAUCAAGCUCCUCCUCAGCUAA